UAACUGUUUACAAAUUUUUAAAUAAAAUCGAGACAUCAAUUCAAGUAAAUGGCACUGAAGAAGACGAUUCAAUUCUUGAUUUCUUUUUUCCAAAUUUUGUACUAACAUUAAGAGACGUGACUCUUGACAUUAAAGCGAAAGACGCAGAUACUUUUCUGGAGGAAAAAUUGAAUAUGAAAAGUGGUACCAAUCUUUCUGAAGAAGCACUGAAAGAGUACAACCUUCCAAGGAAGCUUGUUAGGCGAUACUUCAAAAAAAGGAAAUGCUUCUUGUUCAGAAAACCGGUGAAAAGCGGCCUACUUAAGGACCUGUUGACUAUAGAUGAGUCAAAGUUCAAAGAAGAAUUCCAACAAUCGCUUGAAGGGUUCCGUAGCUAUAUCUUUUCGUGUAAACCAAAAUCACUUAAGUCUGGAAAGGCCAUUAAUGGAAGAAUGUUUUGCUCCCUAGUGCUACAAUAUAUUGAGUCCAUUCGGGAUGGAGAUUCCCCAUGUCUGACAAGUGCAAUGGUGUUAAUGGCAGCUUCAGAAAACACCUAUGUAGUAGAAAAGGCCUCAGAGAAAUACAGAGCCGAAAUGAAGAAACGUAUAGGCUCCUUUAUUCCAAGUGAAAAAGGUCUUGUAAACUACCAUAAGGACAGCAUGCGCGCGUCUCUUGAAGUGUUGAAGGCUGGACUCAUUAUUGACGACGAGCAAAUAUAUGAAGAAAAAGCAAUGACGUGCUUUAAAGACCAAUUUGAAAAAUUCAAAGAAAUUGUGAAGAAGGAUGUCGAGGAAAAAUGCUGGAAAAUACUUGGACGGCUUAAUGCGAUGAAAAUACAAAUGAAGAUAAAGAAUCAAAAGUAUUGCACACCGACAGGAUAUGAUGAGUACAUGAAAGAUAUAGAUUCACUUAUAAAGCAAUUCAAAACAGAAGCUGGUUACAUGGGUUCUUUUGCUAUGCUAGCUUUAAAAGAAUUUCUUGCGGGUAAGUCAAAAGAAGAGGAGAACGAAAAAGUGUUUUCCAUGGUUGUAGAGGCACUUGGUGGCAAAGAAAGGCCAGAGAAAAAACAAUUGAGACGUAUGAGCGUGUUCACAGAAUACCCAGAUAUCUUGAAAGAAGAGGUAGAGGUUGAAGAAGCAAUCCGAGGAGAUAUUGAAAUGCUGCAAAGGAAUGGUCUUCAGAAUGUCGAAGAGCAAUAUCUUGACAUGCUUACAUCAAAAAGAGAAGAAUUAGAGAGGGUGAAGAAAGAGCUUACUCGUGAUGACUCCUAUUACAAACAAUUGUUUAAAGAAACUGUCCACUGGGAAAAGGUUUAUGAGAACGCGACAUUCAGUUCAAUGGUGGUAAACCCUGUCGCUGGACAACAAGGUACAGAUAUGCAAGCCACCGUUAAUGAAGAGCCUCUGAAUGGUGUUAUAUGCCCUCUUUCGAACACAGCAGGCGACGAUGGUGACGAGUCAGCAAGAAACGCAAUAUGUGAAAGAGUAUCGCCUGACGAAAGUGAAUCGGCCCAAAUAAAGAUUGUUCGAAAAAAAAUAGAUAAAUGUGAAAUUUCCUAAGAACAAAGAAUGUCUAGCUUUUGCUUAUCAUUGACUAUAGAUGAGAGAAAACUGUUAUGUCAAAUAACGCACUAUCAACUUAUGUUUAUUUAAAGUAACACAAGAAACAAUUUAGUGAUUAAUUUAUUGAUGAUUUUAAUUAAUCGGAGCCGAAAGGAUCAAUUUGUACGGUUUAGUUCACGGAAAAAAACGUUUUGUUGAUUCUUUUAAUUUCUUUCUUUUAAUGAAAUUGAUAUGUCUUUGAACCGAUAAAACAAUUUAAAUUUAUAUCAUAAAAUGUUAUUAAGACGGAACAUAAAUACUUUUAGUUGACAUUGUUUUUAAAUACCUUAGGUGUGAUAUUGUUUAAUGGAGUAUUGUUAAGAAACGUAAACAUUAAGAUACUAGUAUAAGGACUAGGGAAUCAUUUCUUUGAUUAGUAUUACCUGUGAAAUUGCUGUAUGUUCGCGUUAUGGUAAUUUUUUGCAUAUUUUAUUUUAUGAAUAUGUUUAAACAGCGCCAGUUCUGAAUCAUGGGUGUGAAGUAUGGGGAUAUUUGAAGGCAGAAAACUAUUGAAUUUGUUCAUUAAAAUGCUAAUUGUUAAAUGUGCACAAAUGCAUUAUCUUAGUAUAUAUGUGUUGUACAUUAGUAAGUAUGUUAGUAUUGUUGAUAAAAUUAUAUAGAUAAUGAAUAACUGUAUAUCAAUCACAUGUUGAUAAAAGCGUUGAUAAUGAUUUUGUUAGUGUAAAUUGAUGUCCGAAAGUUUACUAGUAUGUUGUAUUUCAGAAUGCACAAAUUAAAGAGUCAGUUAAUAUAAUUA